AUGAGGACAGUGAGGGACCACCGUCGGCAAUACCCGGACCGCCCUUCCAGGGAGCGCGGGAUCAAACGGCAGUCACUCCGACCGCGGGACUUGAGGGCUUCCUUCCUGGGGUGUGCUCCCUGUGCUGGUGUGCUCCCUGAGCUGGUGUGCUCCCUGUGCUGCUGGUGUGUGUGCUCCUGUGCUGGUGUGCUCCCUGAGCUGGUGUGCUCCCUGUGCUGGUGUGCUCCCUGUUGCUGGUGUGCUCCUGCCGUGUGCUCCCUGGCUGGUGUGCUCCCUGAGCUGGUGUGCUCCCUGUGCUGGUGUGCUCCCUGUGCUGGUGUGCUCCCUGCCCUGGUGUGCUCCCUGAGCUGGUGUGCUCCCUGCGCUGGUGUGCUCCCUGAGCUGGUGUGCUCCCUGAGCUGGUGUGCUCCCUGCGCUGGUGUGCUCCCUGAGCUGGUGUGCUCCCUGAGCUGGUGUGCUCCCUGUACUGUGUGCUCCCUGAGCUGGUGUGCUCCCUGCACUGUGUGCUCCCUGCGCUGGUGUGCUCCCUGCUCUGGUGUGCUCCCUGAGCUGGUGUGCUCCCUGCGCUGGUGUGCUCCCUGCGCUGGUGUGCUCCCUGAGCUGGUGUGCUCCCUGUGCUGUGUGCUCCCUGAGCUGGUGUGCUCCCUGUGCUGUGUGCUCCCUGAGCUGGUGUGCUCCCUGCGCUGGUGUGCUCCCUGUACUGGUGUGCUCCCUGAGCUGGUGUGCUCCCUGUACUGUGUGCUCCCUGAGCUGGUGUGCUCCCUGAGCUGGUGUGCUCCCUGA